CAAGCCGCUGCUGCCGAGUCCCCCGGCAGCCACCAGCCACCCGUCGGUCUGGGAGUUUAGCCAGCAAAGCUAACUAGCUAACUUGUCAUAGGAACGACAAACUGUACCGCUGGCAAUUGUGUGAAUUAAAUUGCAUAGCUGUAACUAAUUGUUUAAGUUUUAAUAUAAAAUGUCUAUAUUACCAUUUACUCCUCCAAUCGUGAAGAGGCUGCUUGGCUGGAAGAAAGGAGAGCAGAACGGGCAAGAAGAGAAAUGGUGCGAAAAGGCUGUCAAAAGUCUUGUGAAGAAGUUGAAAAAGACGGGACAGUUGGACGAGUUGGAGAAAGCCAUCACAACACAGAAUGUCAACACGAAAUGCAUAACCAUACCCAGAUCUUUAGAUGGGCGUCUCCAGGUCUCCCACAGAAAAGGUCUACCUCAUGUGAUCUACUGCCGCUUGUGGCGCUGGCCAGACCUGCAGUCCCACCAUGAGCUGCGGGCUGUCGACCACUGUGAAUUUGCCUUCCACACCAAGAGGGAUGAAGUCUGCGUCAACCCCUACCACUACCAGAGGGUGGAGACGCCAAUUUUGCCUCCUGUCCUAGUACCACGACAUACAGAUAUACCUGCAGAGUUUCCUCCGCUGGAUGACUACAGCCCAUCCAUCCCCGAGAACACCAACUUCCCCGCUGGCAUUGAGCCCCAGAGUAACUAUAUUCCUGAAACUCCACCACCAGGGUAUCUGAGUGAGGAUGGUGAGACAAAUGAUCACCAGCUCAACCACAGCAUGGACACAGGUUCACCCAGCCUGUCGCCCAAUCCUGUGUCACCUGCAAACAGUAAUCUUGAUUUACAACCUGUGACAUACUGUGAGUCUGCCUUCUGGUGCUCCAUCUCCUACUAUGAGCUGAACCAACGUGUAGGAGAGACCUUCCAUGCCUCCCAGCCCUCCCUCACAGUGGAUGGAUUCACAGACCCAUCCAACUCUGAACGCUUUUGUCUGGGCUUGCUUUCCAACGUCAACCGCAACUCUGCAGUAGAGCUCACGCGCAGACACAUAGGACGGGGUGUGAGGUUGUACUACAUUGGUGGAGAGGUGUUUGCAGAGUGUCUUAGUGACAGUGCCAUCUUUGUCCAGAGUCCCAACUGCAACCAGCGCUAUGGUUGGCAUCCUGCCACUGUCUGCAAAAUACCUCCAGGCUGCAACCUGAAGAUCUUCAACAAUCAGGAGUUUGCUGCUCUGCUCGCCCAGUCAGUCAACCAAGGCUUUGAGGCUGUCUACCAACUCACCAGGAUGUGCACCAUCCGCAUGAGUUUUGUCAAGGGCUGGGGAGCUGAGUACAGACGUCAGACAGUGACCAGCACCCCCUGCUGGAUAGAACUGCAUCUCAAUGGCCCUCUGCAGUGGCUGGACAAGGUACUCACACAGAUGGGCUCUCCCAGCAUCCACUGCUCCAGUGUGUCCUAGGAGCCACACAUAACUCCCAGAAACCUUUCUUCCUAUCCACACACUUACACACAAACCACAUAGGUAAACUUAAGCGCCUCUCUGUGAUAAUAAGGAAAGAGACGCCAUCCAUCAAAUCAGUAAAUCACUCCUCCCUCGCUGUGUCUAACAUUUCACCUCACAUCUAGAGCACUUUCCUCAGUCACAUUUAGUGUCUCCAUUUGACGGUUAUUUUAGGACUUGUACAUUGUUUUUAUGUGUUCAAUGGGCAGCCACAGGGUAUUUGCAAUAGGUUUCAAAAGACAACCACAUUUUUCGUCAUUAUUCAUUCAGACAUCGCGUCUGUGCUCAGUGUUGUAACUUUUUUUGUUUUGUUUUAUAAAUGAGUUUUUUUUUCCAAGUUGAAGUUAUGGUACAGUUUCAGCUUGGCCGUCUCUUACAUGUUUCAAAAACAUUUUUGAUUCUAUGAAUUAGCUCAAAUAUGCUCUCAUCACUGGCGUUUCAGUGUCCCAGUAACCACUCUUUCUAAUCACUGAAUUAGGAGGCUUAUUUAUCAAUUGAACCAUAAAUUAACAUGAAAACUCAUUCUUAGUAGUGAAUAAAUAGAAUAUAUUUAAUUAAUAUCUUAAGUACAAGGUACUUUGCCCGUAUUGAUUCAUCUGUAUGAAUUACAGUGUCAGUUAUCUGAUUGAUCAUGUAAUUGGUAUUUUGUCUAUUUAAAAAAAAAAAAAACAGAAAAAAGACAUUAGCACCAUUGUUUCUUGAAAAGAACCCUUGUAUGAAAACUAUUUUCCUCAGUGAAAGAGACUUUUUCUAAGUUAUUUUUGCAUACUGUCCUGCAUGGGAAUAUAUUUUUUUUAUUGCCUCAAUAUGAUUGUAUAUAAAUAUUUAUAGCUUGUGAUUUCUCGUAGUCAUGCAGUGCUUGAAACAGUGGACCUGACUGACCUCUGGCAUGAGUAGAUUCACAAAAAAAGUCUUUGCUUUAACGACCCAAAACUCUGCCUGCGUCAAUGCAGGCAGCUUCUAACAUGGGUCAACUAGUUCUUCAGUGUGACACGGGAUAACUGUACCAGCUAUUACUGUUAUUUCAUAAUAGGGACGUAGAGAAUAACAGUAUGAGUGAUCGUAGCCGGCCGGUUGAAUUUAGGCACCCAUGUGAUUUCAGUGUGAAGGGUAGUCGGUAACAGCAACCAUGGCUGUGGUUCAUCCAUUAAUGGCAUGUAGAAUAACAAAAUAAACAAAUUUACUUUUACAGAUAUUACCAACUGUUGGCCAAAAGUACACUAUACUCCUCGUGGGUAAAUGAUGCACUUCCAAUUUACCGUGUUGAUCAGUGUAAAGCUUUAGUUCUAGUGGUAAUUUGCUUGUUCGGUAAAUACUGUAUAUUACAUGUACAUUGCUACAAUAUAAGGCAUGUGUAAUAUGCUCGCUGUCAUUGUCUAUGAAGCCACUAUGUUUAUCCUGUACUUACUUAUAGUACAUAAGACUGAGUCACCAUGUAAUUUAUUUCAAACAGUUACACAGUGCUUAACUGAAAUACUGUGUGCUACAGUGCGUUAGCUAGUUUGGUAGAUCCGUAUCAGUGCUCAAGUGUUCCUUGAUAUGUUUAGUUGGUGGUUUUCAAGUCUUAAUGUACAUGUUUUUUUUCAUGUAGCCUAAUAUUUGUCCUCAAAUGACCAUUGUUUUGUUAUCUGUGAAAAAUUUAAUAAAAUGCA